AUGACCUCAGCAUCACAGGAUUUUAAUAUAAACUACAUCAUUAGUAUUGAACGUCUUACUCAUAACACGCACAAGCAUGUUCAUACUGCAAAGAAGCCAUAUAGGUGUGAUAUCUGUGGUAAAUCAUUUUCUGUCACUUGUAACUUAACUAUUCACAAACGCAUUCAUACAGGAGAGAAGCCCUAUCGGUGUGAUAUCUGUGGUAAAUCCUUCUCUGUAACUGGUAACUUGACUAAGCACAAGCGUGUUCAUACAGGAGAGAAGCCCUAUCGGUGUGAUAUCUGUGGUAAAUCCUUCUUUGUAACUGGUUACUUAACUCAGCACAAACGCAUUCAUUCAGGAGAGAAGCCAUAUCAGUGUGAUAUCUGUGGUAAAUCAUUUUCUGAAAAAAUUAAUUUGACUGGUCACAAACGCAUUCAUACAGGAGAGAAGCCAUAUCAGUGUGAUAUCUGUGGUAAAUCCUUCUCUAUAACUGGUCACUUAACUCAGCACAAACGCAUUCAUUCAGGAAAGAAGCCAUAUCAGUGUGAUAUCUGUGGUAAAUCAUUUUCUCAAAAAAUUAAUUUGACUGGUCACAAACGCAUUCAUACAGGAGAGAAGCCAUAUCAGUGUGAUAUCUGUGGUAAAUCCUUCUCUGUAACUGGUCACUUAACUCAGCACAAACGCAUUCAUACAGGAGAGAAGACAUAUCAGUGUGAUA